AUGGCAGAGCAGGUGGCCCUGGUGAUUGGGGGCAUCCUUGGGGGGCUGCUGCUGCUGCUGCUGUUGAUUGGGGUGAGCUACUAUCUCUGGAAGAGACUCUGUGCCACGUUCACCUAUGAGGAGCUCUCAGGGACCACAGCUGCUUCCAGCGCACAGGGAGACGCGAUCUGCCCCCCGGAUGCCAGGACCCAGGCAAGCAGGCCACCAGGUGUACCAUUUGUGGUGCCCCCUUCCCUCCAAAGCCGAGACUGGGUACCCCUGAGCAGCGGAGAGUGGGCCCAGGUCCCACAGGACCCCUACCCAGCCCCGAAGCUCCUGCCCCACACCACCAGCAGCAAUCUUGGAGAUGCAUGCGUGGCAGGGACCAUCAACCCUGAGCUCUACAAGAUCCCAGAGGACAAAAGUGAGGCUGACUUCCCUGAGGGCUGCCUGGGACGGCUGUGGUUCUCUGUGGAAUACCAGCAGGAGGCCGAGCGGCUGCUGGUGGGCCUGAUCAAGGCGCAGCGGCUGCACACCCGCUCAGAGAACUGUGGCCUCCUGGUGAAGCUCCACCUGCUGCCGGAUGAGCGGCGCUUCCUCCAGUCUAAGACCAAACACAGAACCACCAGUCCACAGUUCGACGAACAGUUCAUCUUUCAGGUAUCCAGCAAGAGCGUCACCCAGAGGGUGCUGAGAUUCUCAGUGUACCUCGUGGACAGGCAGAGGAAGCAUCAACUCCUCGGCCAGGUGCUGUUCCCCCUUAAGAAGGAGACACUGGCGGGCAAUUGCCGGCACAUCCUCUGGAGAGACCUGGAAGCCGAGAGCCUGGAGCCUCCCUCCGAAUUUGGUGACCUCCAGUUCUGCCUCAGCUACAAUGACCGUCUGAACCGCCUCACCGUGGUCGUGCUGCGAGCCAAGGGACUCCGGCUCCGUGAGAACUCGAGUUUUGUCAGUGUGUUUGUCAAAGUGUCUCUGAUGAACCACAACAAGUUUGUCAAGUGCAAGAAGACGUCGGCUGUGCUGGGCUCCACCAACCCUGUGUACAGUGAGACCUUCAGCUUCAAAGCCAACCCCGCUGAGCUGGACACUGCGAGCCUCAGCCUGACCGUGCUGCAGAGUGCCGAAGGGGACAGGAGUCACGAGCUGGGCCGGGUGGUGGUGGGCCCCUACAUGUACACCCGCGGCAGAGAACUGGAGCACUGGAAUGAGAUGCUUAGCAAACCCAAGGAGUUGGUGAAACGCUGGCAUGCACUUUGCUGCACCACUGAGCCCUAA